CACGCGGCCGUCUCCUGCGGUGAUCUGUUGGGACUUCAGGACAGUUUGGAUGAGAAGAAUGAUUACGUGACGGCUAAGGAUCACUUGGGAAUGGCUCCCAUACAUAAGGCCACGAUUAUGGGACACAUAGACGUCGUGGAGUAUAUUUUGGACAAGUACCCUGAUACUGUCAACUGCAGAGAUAAGGAGGGUCGCACGGCUUUGCAUUAUUCGGCGGCCACCACUAAUAGGAAUGGCAGCAAAAUCUAUAAAAUGCUUAUUAGGGCCGGCGCUGACCCUAGGAUUAGGGAUUCUAGUGGCAAAACGGCCGAGUAUUAUAGAGUACACCUGUUGUCGCUUCCCAACGAAUUAUCGCGAAUUAAUAGCCGGAAAAAACUGAAUCCCAUCUCAUAUGCGACCGACCCGUCCAACACCAAAAAGCGUCCCCUAGUCUUACCCAACAUUCAGGACCGCAUCUGUCAAGCCUUAAACGAUGGCGACGCCAAACAGCUCCAGGAGCUGGUGCUCGACGACCGCAUCUGUCAAGCCUUAAACGAUGGCGACGCCAAACAGCUCCAGGAGCUGGUGCUCGACGGCUACGGCGAUACACUGUUUGGUAGGACCUCCUGGGGCGAGGAGGCCCGCAAGUUCCUCAAAGGUCUGCCACAUCUCAUGGACCAGAUUAGGACACUCCACGCCUCCACCAUCAAUGGGGACAUACCUAACGUGGAGCGCAUUCUGGCCGACGACUCGUCGCUCAUUAGGGCCAGGGAUGAGAACGGAUUACUGCCCAUACAUAUAGCCACAGCACAUAAUCAGCCCGAAGUUGUCGCCUAUUUUAUCACUAAUUACCCGCAAUGUCUUCAGCUUAAAGAUAGUAGUGGACGGACAGCUCUGCACAUAUCGGCCCAGAAUAAGACAAUAGACAUCUACCGACGACUGGUGGACGCGGGCGGUGAUCCUAAAGUGAUGGACAAAAACGGCAAAACCGCAGACCAUUACCUCCGGCAGCAGACUAUACAGGGCUUUGAUUUCGUGUCGCCAUUGAAUGGCAAACAAUUUACUGACACUAACACUAAUAUCGCUAAUAAUAACCAUAAUAUAAGCAAUGGUUUCGGUGAUCAACACGAAAAUGAUAUGAAUGUUAGGAAAAACAGUAAACCGAGAGUCAAACCAGUGGUCAGUAAUAACAGAGCGGUGGGAAAGUCGACUAAAGCCAAGCCCAGGGAUGUUGGGAGUAGUGGUGGGGAAUCCGUAGCCACAGACUCGUCCGAUAGUAAAUCCGGUGUUAAUAACCAGCCAAAGAAAGUGUCGAAACCUGAGCCCACACCUAGAAAUAGGUUACCGGCCAUACAGUCCAUAGAUGAGAGCGCCGGCGGUUCCAAUAAGAGUCAACCAAACGGUGUUAAGACAGAUAUUAGUGAUACGACAACCACCGGCGCCCAAACCAAUGAGUUGGCCUCAUCGACACCAACUGCCACAUCGACACCAACCGCCACAUCGACAGCCAGUAGUACUAUGAGUGAGGGAACGGUAGCCACGGAUGAGUCGACCGGCCAGCCGGACGUGCCUAACACUGAUGGGCAACAAGUUGUCGAUAGUAGCGAUGAAAGUGGUGUUACAGAGACAUGUAAUACAGAGGCGCUGAAGUCGUUAACUGCCGAACAAAUGGAUGAUAUUAUUGCCAAGAAUUCAGUUGCGGUUAAAGAGAGUCGAGGAGAUGUUGUGGUGAAAGACUCGGAUGAAUCCCGCUGA